AUGUUGAGAUAUUUUUUGUUUUAUUAUUUGUUUUUCAUAGUAUUAUAUCUCAAAGUUAUUGCUAUUGAUGAAGAAAAAUAUGAUUUAGAAACAAGAAAAUUAUUAACAGAAUUUUGUAGAGACAUACCAUCAUCAAUUGUUUGUAGGCAUAAAAAGUUUACCGAGAUAAGAAAAGCACCAGCUACAAGAAUUAAUCCAAAAUUUACACCACUUGCCUUUGGAAGAAGUUUAGGAAAUGAUGCUACUUUUGAAGUUCCUGGAUUAGGAAAUAUUGGUGUUGCAGAUACAAUUUCAAAUAUUGCAAAAUUUGUACCUGAAGGUAUGGAUAAUGAAGAAGCCAAUGGUGGAAAAUUUGACGUCAAUGAUUCUGGAGUAAAAUACACAAAAAGUGAAACAGCCGCAGGAAAAUCUAACAAACAUAGAGAAUUUUUUAAAAUUGCCGGUAUUGGAACAUUUGAAAAUACAAGAAAAAUGGAAAAAGGAGCAGGUUUUGAUAGUUUAUUUAAAAAUAUUAUGCCAAAUAUUGGUGAAGAUUUAGAAGACAUUGAUUCAACCAAAAAAACAGAAACAAUUUAUGAUGCAUUAAAUUUGAAUAAAAUGACAAAUUCAUAUCAAGAUGAAAAAUUUUCUAAACCCUCAACUAAAAAUCCUUUUAUUAAUGGUAAUGUGGAAAGUAAUUUUCCAACAUUAGUAAAUUUAAAUGAAAAUAAAUUAUCAAAUAAUGAUAUAAAGACAUUUCAAACACCUAAAAUAAUUGGAAAACAAAAUAUUAUUCAUGGAUCAAAAACAAUUAAAGAUCCAUUUAAUGAUAAUAAUAAAACUGAAAUUAUUGAUAGUAGUGAAAAUACAAACAAUGAUGUUGAGAUUUCUGCAGAAAGAAUUCUCAAUCCAUCAAAUAUUCCUUUAACAGAAUUGGGUUUAAAAAAAGAACAAAUAUAUAAAUUAUGUUCAAAAUUUGCUCCAAUAGCAGCAAAACAUUGUUAUGGAGCUAAAGUAGAGGAAGCUUUUAUUGAUAAAUGUCGUGGAUAUAAUAGAGAUUGUCAACAAUUUAUUGGUGAAAGAAAACCUUUAGGAGCUAUAGCAAAUCUAUUUAAUUCUGGUGUUGGUAUAACAAUGUAUAAUUGGGGUGUUAAUGGAAUUCCAUUUUAUGCUGUAAACGAAGAAGGUGGUAUUGGAAACGGACAUAACGGUAGAGCUGAUUUUGGUUCAUGGGGAGGUGGAUGGUCAGAAAAUAUUGGAAUUCGUGAUUUCUGGACACAAACAAAAGAAGUAGGUGGUAAUUGGUAUGAUGGAAAUUAUGGUUAUAAAACUGGUUGGCAUGUUCCGAUAGUUCAAUCACUUGGUAUUGAGGGCGGUAGUGGUACACAUAUUCAUGUACCAGUAAAUGAAGCAGAAUUAGGGAAUCCAAUAGAAGUCAGCAAUGGAUAUAAUGUUGGCCCUUACAUUGGAUUAUCAGAAGGAAUUGGUGUUGAUUGGAUGAAUGGAGCUGUUUCUGCUAAACAAGGAUUUGCUGUUCCAUUUGUUGGAGUUAAUGCAAAUUCUGGAACAGCAAUUGCAUUUCCAUCAUUAGGAACCUUUGCUCGUAUGAUGGGUGUCGCAACAUCACCCACAUAUUCAAAACCAAUACGAAUCAAUGAUUCAUCAAAUGUAUAA